AUGGAAAGUCAUCUCGCAUUACAUUGUAAAAAAGUGCCAGACGAUGUCAACAAUUUAUUCUUACAAUUAAUUGCAGAAAAAGCUGAAAAGUUAGUGGAUAAAGAUAAUAUAGAUGAUAAUAUUCUCUUAACAAUCAACAAAAAGCGUAAAUAUAUCAGUAAACAAGUAACUCUUGAUAGCUCCUUCAAAUCUACAGAACCU